AUGGAAGCUAUAUGGCUAUACCAGUUCCGACUGAUCGUCAUUGGCGACUCGACAGUGGGCAAGUCUUGCCUGAUCAGACGUUUCACAGAAGGGCGUUUUGCACAGGUGUCUGACCCCACCGUUGGAGUGGAUUUCUUUUCCCGUCUAGUGGAGAUUGAGCCAGGCAAACGCAUUAAGCUGCAGAUUUGGGAUACAGCUGGACAAGAGAGGUUCAGGUCCAUCACGAGGGCUUACUACCGUAAUUCAGUGGGCGGCCUGCUGCUGUUUGACAUCACUAAUCGUCGCUCUUUCCAGAAUGUUCACGAGUGGCUGGAGGAGGCGCGCAGCCACGUGCAGCCGCACAGCAUCGUCUUCCUGCUGGUGGGCCACAAGUGUGACCUGGAGCCACAGCGGCAGGUGAGCCAGCAGGAAGCGGAGAAGCUGGCGGCCGCCUACGGCAUGCGCUACGUGGAGACGUCGGCGCGUGACGCUAUUAACGUUGAGCGGGCUUUCACAGAGCUGACACGUGACAUCUUUGAGCUCGUCAAACGGGGCGACAUCACUAUCCAAGAAGGCUGGGAGGGGGUGAAGAGCGGCUUCGUGCCCAACGUGGUGCACUCGUCUGAGGAAGUGACCAAGAGCGAUCGCCGCUGCCUCUGCUGA